AAAAACUGGAAGUGUAUACCGACCUGACCCCACCCGAUCUAAAAAAAAAAAGCUUAACCCCAGGCCGGAAACAAGUCGCCACGCCGUUCCCCGGCCGACCUCGCUUCGCCCCGACCACCGCAGGGCCAUGGAGCCGAACGCCGCCGUUGAGGCCGACGCCGAGGACGACUACAUGGGGGACCUGUCCCACUUCCUCCCGCCGAGCCCCUCCUCUCCCACCAGGAGCCUCGGGGUCCGGAAGCAACCCCCCAAGCCGGCUCCGCCGGCGCGAGGGCAGGCGAAGCGCGCCAAGGGGCUGCCGUGGAAGGAGCGCCGGCGGCAGGAACGCGAGAGGAUCCAGAGAGAGGAGGAUGCCCGCACGUUGGCCGGGAUGGCGGAGGCCAUCCCGGAGAGCAACGUUGGGUUCAAGAUGUUGAAGCAGAUGGGAUACGACCCGGCCGCCCGCGGCGCCGGCACCGAGCCGGUCGGAAUCGAGAUCCGCCGCUCUCGGGCCGGACUCGGGGCGGAGCCAGAUGCUUCUGUGGCGCCGCUGCCGCAGCUAUCGGAGCCCAAGACGCGGGAGGAGGAAGAGAGGGAUAGGAAGCGGGAGGAGGAGAUGGUGGCGGAGCUGAGGUCGAGGAAGAGCACGCAAUGGAAGGGACGGAGGUUGGUGUGGGACUACCGCAAGGCUGAGGCGGCGCUCGCGCAGCUGGAAAACAGGGAGGUGGAGCCACCGGCCCCCGAUGGGGAGGAGAAGGAGAAGGGAGAAGAUGAAGAGGAAGAGGUGAUCACUGAAGAGGGUUUACAAACCAUAUUGGAUAAGCUGCGUGUUCAACACCACUAUUGCCUUUACUGUGGAUGCAAGUUUGAAUCAGCAGGAGCACUGGCAAAUGAAUGCCCUGGGCCUAAUGAAGAUGAUCACUGAUCCACUCUGUCAAUGGUGACUAGGGCACUGUCCUUCCCGCUACAGAUUAUGGUAAAUGUGACAUUUGGGAUAUUCUUGAUUAGUUGACUGUGUACGGUUAACCUUAGUCCUUGACACAAUCACUGGUUCAUAGCCAACUGGAGAAACUGAGCUCCAGCAUGUUAGUGGAAACAAUAUAUUCUUAACUACUAUUAUGUGUAUUAGUUUUCUGUAUCAAAUGUCUCAGCAUGAGAAAUCUUUUUGCGUCAGUUUGAAGCUACAGAGAUGGAAUGGGAAGCUUCAGGAGUUCGCAUAUGGUGUGAACUGCUCCAUUUAGAGCUCAAGUUAUGUCCCUGACAUGUCCAAAACUCUGAAUGAAGUUACCGCGGCCAAAAGACAGUAGUGUUAUGCUGUGAAGAAACGAGUUGAAUUCAGCUAGCGGUAAUGUCAGCAGAAUUGCACUAAACGUUUGACGUUUCCCGUUCCUCCUUUCUAAUCGAGGGACUAUUCAUCAAUCAUCGGCCGAACAGUUGAAGUUAGAGUCGUGGGAAGGCUGCACCGUUCAUCUCUUUGUUCCAGCCAAUGCCGGAAUCUCUGCACAGUGCAAUUACAUUUGUGUCGAUCUUUCAUGUGGACAAGCGAUCCAUUUAUGAUCACUGUUUGUUGAUCACGGGCCAACAUGUGGCACAAGAUUUGUCAGUGUGAGCUCAAUUAUUAUGUCAUCAUGAUGGCUGCAUCAGCCACCCUGCCCUACCUCUGGCAAUUCUUUGUUCUCC